AAAGAAUUUUUCACACAAGUUACUUUAGAGUCUCUUUUGCUUUACUUUCCUGCACUGCUGUAAAAUACAGGAGCAGAAAGAAUUUUUCACAUAAACUUCCAAGUUACUUGAUAGUCUCUGCACAGCUGACCUGUCAAAGAAAUCAUGAAGCUCAUUGUUUUAGCAGUAUUUCUCUGCAUGGUCAUAAAUUUUGAUACCUGUUUGGGAACUGCAGAUGGAAAUACCAUUUUUAAGAGAGCAACACAACAGAGGAUUUUGAAAGCUGGUGAGAAAUUAUAUAAACGUUUAAGCCCAUAUCUACUGAUUAUAUGUGGUGAGACUGAUGAAGAUACUGGUUUGAUGUAUAUCGUAGAUGAUGCACACAUGGGUAGAACAACCACACGAAGGCUUCUCCUCAAUCCGUUUACUAUGGAUAUUUUUGAAGAAUUUUGAUAAUCUUGUCAGACAUUGGUUAGAGACUAAUUCCUUUUCAACAUAAUGAUAGUUACAAAAGAAGAGUGUUAUAGAUAAGUGAAUAAGUUUCUAAAUUAUUGUUUCUUAUGUUGAGAGAGAGAGAGAGAGAAAGAAAUUGGUAUACACUCAUCCUGAUGAGAGAAGCACUUGAGCGAUGGAGGUGUUUUAGUAUUACUAAGAACAUUACAACCUCCAUUAUGUUUGUGCCAUGAUAAAGUGUUUACAAUACACUAUGUAAUGUGAUUGGCAAAUAGACAGUAGAUGUAAGAUGGAGAGGAUCCUGUACUUUUACUAAGGACAUGACAACCCCUUAGUAUAGGGGUCAUGAUAAAAUGUACCUGUUACAUUCUGUAAAAUGGUUUGUGUUAAGAAGGGCAUCCAAAGACAGAAACUAAGCCCAAAAUGGAAUAUAUAAGUAAAAUGUGGUCUUCCAACUCAUGGCUUUGGCUGUGAUUAUCUACCCAUAUCAGCAUGGGAAAAUGGAUGUAAAGUGAUGAUAACUGCUUUAGAAUGAUAGUGGCAAAUACACAUCUGGAUUGUACUAAAUCUGUGAAAAUAUUCAUCUUGUUAGAGCAACAUAAAAGUGAGAGUCAAAAUAUU